AUGACCCGUUGCUCUUCAGCAGCUAGCUUCCAAUUCCAAGCCCGACAACAGUCAAAUUCUGAUAAUGCUCAACCAGGCUCUCACUCAGCUUCAUGCCCAGCAGCAGCAGCUCCAGGUAUGCUGCCAGAAUUGCCUGCCCAACUUCAAUGUAGCUCACGCAGCGAGGCACUUCGAUCAGAUGAGCAUUUACCGUAUUCGUGUACGGUAGUCAGCGGCGCUUUAAUGGAGUACGCGGCUAAGCACCUCAACGAGACAGAAGAAACCAGAAAAAAGGGACUCAAGGAGCUUCGAGAGCUGCUGAAAAAAGACAAAGAGUUGCUGUUUACCGACGAGGACAUCUUUCUCCUUUGCUUUCUGAGGUCGAGAAAAUUCGACGUCAAGCGUUCGGCCGAGUUGCUUCGACGUGGCCUGGAAUUUGUCGACUCCAACAGCAAACUCAUUGACCGCAGCGACGCCUUCAAUGUUGUCCGAAAGACGAUGGAAGCCAACGUCAUCGGUUUUCUGCCCUACAGAGACAGGCAAGGAAAAGCUAUUCUCUAUUGCCGGGCAGAGCCAUGGGAUCCAAAAGAACUGCCUCCCGAGGACGCCAUCUUCGGAAGCAUCGUAGCAAUCCAGACGGCAAUGGACAAUCCGGUGAACCAGAUUGCCGGUUUCGUCGUUAUACUUGACCUUGACGAGCUGAAGAUGACGCAGGUCAUCGCUAUGGUUCCUUGGCUGGUGUUUGGAAUUCAAGCCUUACAAAGUUGCUGUCCAUGCUUAGUGAAACAGUUCCACGUCAUCAAUACGCCCUCCAUCUUUAAAGUUGGCUGGAAAUUAGUGAAACCAAUUAUAAGUACAAAAAUCCGUAAGCGGAUAUCUUUCCACAAGAGCAGCAACUGGACGGCUCUGCACAACAUAGUGCCUCCGACGCUGCUGCCUACAGAGCUUGGAGGGCAGUUGGGUCCGUUCAAUAACGAGCACUGGGCGAAAGACACGGACACCAUGGUUCGAGAAUGCUAUAAGAAGUUCCAAGCGAAUGGAAUCCUUUCGAAGAAGAAGCAGAUUGCAGUACCCUUAGAGCCUGAAUUCAAUUCAUGUUGUAAUAUGUGAG